CUCCCCAUUCUCUCAUAAAUAUUUACUUUUGCCUUUGUCUCUUCAUUUUCAUCAAGAACAAGCUAGUGUUGGUGAAAAAACUUGGAGAUAAAUUUGGUGGUUCUAGGAAGCUAGAGUGAGAAUUUGGUGAAGGUGUCGAGAGAAAAAAAUGUGAGGAAUUGCAUAAGAAAGUUGGUGACUAGCUUGAAAAGUAGCAGCUAGCAAUAUGAGAGAAUAGUGAAAUGGCAGAAACAGCCGUAUUGUUUGCUCUGGGGGAAGUGUUCCAAUUCCUAAAAGAAGAAACAAAUCUGCUGAGUGGUGUACACAGGGAUUUUUUAGACAUCAAAGAUGAACUAGAAAUCAUUCAAGUCUUCCUCAAAGAUGCGGACAGAAGGGCUGCAGAUGAAGCAGAGAACAAUGAUGGAAUAAGAACUUGGGUGAAGCAUAUGAGAGUAGCAUCAUUUCGCAUUGAAGAUGUCAUUGAUGAAUACCUUUUGCUGAUGCAUGGAGUCAAUCCUCCUGGAUGUGGAGCUUUAGUCUACAAGUUUGCAAGCUCAAUCAAAACUUUGAUUCCCCGUCAUCGGAUAGCAUCUGAGAUAAAGGACAUUAAGUUGUCAAUUCGUGGAAUCAGAAAAAGAAGUGAGAGGUAUAACUUUCAAAUUUCCCAUGAACCAGGACCAUCAAGCAGCAACAGCACCAGAGAAACAGAAAAUGGAAGAUGGUGCGAUCCUCGAAUGUCUUCCCUUUUCAUUGAAGAAACAAAAAUAGUAGGAUUUGAAGGCCCAAGAGAAGAACUGUUUGGUUGGUUAUUGGAGGGUGCAGCUGAGCGCACAGUGAUUUCAGUGGUAGGAAUGGGGGGUCUAGGAAAAACCACUCUUGCAAAGCUAGUUUUCGACAGUCCAAAGGUAACAGCACACUUUGAUUGUCGUGCUUGCAUAACAGUUUCUCAAUCAUACACGGUGAGGGGGUUACUGAUAAACAUGAUGGAGCAAUUUUGUCGGGAAAUUGAAGAUCCUCUUCUGCAGAUGUUACAAAAAUUGGAUGACAAGUCACUAAUUACAGAAGUGAGGAAAUACCUGCAACAUAAGAGGUAUUUGAUAUUCUUUGAUGAUGUAUGGAAAGAAGAUUUUUCCGACCAGGUUGAACUUGCCAUGCCUAAUAACGACGAAGGUAGUAGGAUCAUAAUCACCACUAGAAUGAUGCAUGUUGCAGAAUUUUUCAAGAAAUCCUUUCUAGUUCAUGUUCACAACCUGCAACUUUUGAGUCCAAACAAAGCAUGGAAACUCUUCUGCAAGAAAGCAUUCAGAUUUGAGCUUGAUGGACAUUGUCCACCAGAGCUUGAGGCUGUGUCAACAGAAAUUGUUCAAAAAUGUAAGCAGUUACCUUUGGCAAUUGUAGCCAUUGGUGGUCUGCUUUCAACAAAAUCUAAAACAUUGUUUGAAUGGCAAAAGGUGAAUCAAAAUAUGAGCCUGGAGUUGGGACGUAAUGCUCAUUUAACAAGUAUAACAAAGAUUUUAUCUCUUAGUUAUGAUGACCUGCCAUACUACUUGAAGCCGUGCAUUUUAUAUUUUGGCAUAUAUCCAGAGGACUACUCUAUUAAUCAUAAGAGAUUAACUCGACAAUGGAUAGCUGAAGGGUUUGUUAAAUCUGAUGGGAGAAGAACUUUGGAGCAAAUUGCAGAGGAGUACUUGUCUGAAUUGAUUUACAGAAGUCUAGUCCAGGUCUCAAAGCUUGGUUUUGAGGGGAGAGUAAAAACAUGUCAUGUCCAUGAUUUAUUGCGGGUAGUUAUCAUUAGAAAAAUGAAGCAUUUAAGUUUCUGUCAUUUUGUGCAUGAAGAUGAUGAAUCAGUUGUCACUGGAAUAACUAGACGUCUAUCUACAGCCACUAGUUCCAACAAUGUGUUGAAGAGCAAGAACAAUUCAUAUUUUCGUGCUAUUCAUGUUUUCGAAAAAGGUGGAUUGUCAGAUUCUUUCAUGGCUAAAUUGUGUGCAAAGUCUAGGAUUUUGAAGGUACUUGAGAUGCAAGGUACAUCGUUGAAUCAUAUUCCUAAUAAUUUGGGGAAUCUUGAUCACUUAAGGUACAUAAACCUAAGCAAUACAAAAGUAAAGGCUCUUCCUAAAUCUGUAGGUGAGCUACAGAACUUAGAGACAUUGGAUUUAAGAGAAACACUUGUGCAUGAGAUACCAAGAGAAAUAAACAAGCUGACAAAGUUACGGCAUCUUCUUGCUUUCAACCGUAACUAUGAAGAAAAAUAUUCUAUUUUGGGCUUUACAACUGGUGUGCUGAUGGAAAAAGGUAUUAAGAACUUGACUUCCCUACAAAAUAUUUGUUAUGUGGAGGUAGAUCAUGGGGGAGUAGAUCUCAUUGAAGAGAUGAAAAUGUUAAGGCAGUUAAGGAAGCUCGGUUUAAGGCAUGUAAAAAGAGAACAUGGGAAUGCCUUAUGUGCUGCAGUAGUAGAGAUGCAACACCUUGAAUCACUUAAUAUCACUGCAAUAGUAGAAGAUGAAAUUAUUGAUUUGAACUUCGUGUCGUCUCCACCAAAAAUUCGGCGGCUUCAUUUGAAAGCUAGACUAGAGAAGUUGCCUGAUUGGAUUCCAAAACUUGAGUGUCUUGUUAAGAUAAGGUUGGGUUUAUCCAAGCUGAAACAUGAUCCAAUGCAAUCACUGAAAAACUUGCCAAAUCUGCUGAAGCUCUCUUUGUGGGACAAUGCCUAUGAUGGUGAAAAUUUGCAUUUUCAAAAUGGAGGAUUUCAAAAAUUGAGAGAACUGAUUCUCAGUCACUUGAAUAGAGUAAAUUCUAUCCUUAUAGAGAAAGGAGCUUUGCUCUCUCUUGAAUAUUUUAAAAUGGAAAAGAUCCCUCAACUGAAGGAGGUACCCUCUGGCAUCAAACUCUUGGAUAAGCUCAAAGUCAUUGACUUAGUUGAUAUGCCAGACGAAUUUGUUAAGAGCAUUGAUCCAGAUGAAGGACACAACCACUGGAUUAUCAAGCAUGUUCCUCUCGUGUUCAUUCAUCGCUGGCUUGGACCAAAAUUUUAUGAUUAUGAGAUUCGCACAAUUAACUCAUCUUCCAAUGAGACAUGAACAAAUUCAGAAUGCUGUGGUGUCUAGCAAGCUUCAAAA